UCUCGCCCGAGGAAUGGUUCGGCCCAAUCGGCGGCACGCGCCGCCCGGCAUAGCUGCCGCCCGUCUCUUCCCUCAGGAUCGGGCGCGAGGAGGAGGAGGAGGAUGGCGCUGCCUCUGCUCCGCCGGCCGGGCUCCCUGCGCGGGCUGAGCCUGCGAUGGCAACACCAUGCCUCUGCAAAGGUGGUCAACGAACCCGUUUUGGCCUACAAACCUGGGAGCCCUGAGCGAGCCACCCUCCAGCAGGCUCUAAAUGACAUGAGGGGCAAGACCGAAGAGAUCCCGUGUGUCGUUGGGGGGGAGAAAGUCUGGACAGCCGACGUGAGGUAUCAAGUGUCGCCUUUUAAACAUUUACACAAAGUGGCCAAAUACUGCUACGCUGAUAAGGACUUGUUGAAUAAGGCCAUUAUCUCUGCGUUGGGUGCCCGGAAGGACUGGGAUCUCCGGCCCAUCCAGGACCGCGCGAAGGUCUUCUUCAAAGCUGCCGACAUCCUGAGCGGGCCCAGAAGGGCAGAGAUCUUAGCCAAGACCAUGGUCGGCCAGGCUAAAACGGUCAUCCAAGCAGAAAUCGAUGCGGCCGCCGAGCUGGCGGACUUUUUCCGCUUCAACGCCAAAUACGCCCUGGAGUUGGAGGGGGAGCAGCCCAUCAGCGCCCCCCCCAGCACCAACAGCCUGGUGUAUCGGGGGCUGGAGGGCUUUGUGGCUGCGAUCUCCCCCUUCAACUUCACCGCCAUCGGAGGAAACUUAGCAGGAGCCCCAGCACUGAUGGGCAACGUGGUCCUUUGGAAGCCCAGCGACUCGGCCAUGCUGUCCAGUUACGCCGUCUAUCAGAUCCUUUUGGAAGCCGGGCUGCCUCCCAACGUCAUCCAGUUUGUCCCAGCAGCGGGCACCACAUUCGGGGACACCGUGACUGGCUCGGAGCACUUGGCUGGCAUCAACUUCACUGGCAGCGUCCCGACUUUUAAGCAUCUUUGGAAGCAGGUCUCUGAAAACCUCGACCAGUACCGCACCUUCCCUCGGCUGGCUGGGGAAUGUGGGGGGAAGAAUUUCCACUUCGUCCACGCCUCGGCGGACGUGCCCAGCGUGGUGAGCGGGACGCUCCGCUCGGCCUUUGAGUACAGCGGGCAGAAGUGCUCGGCGUGUUCCCGCCUCUACGUGCCGGAUUCUCUGUGGCCUCGCGUCAAAGCUGGGCUGCUGGAGGAGCACCAGAAGAUCAAAGUGGGAGACCCAACUGAAGAUUUUGGAACGUUCUUCUCUGCCGUGAUCGAUAGCAAGGCGUUUGGACGCAUCAAGAAAUGGCUGAAGCAUGCAGAAUCCUCACCCAACCUGAACAUCCUAGCUGGAGGCGGCUGUGACGAUGCGGUGGGCUAUUUUAUCCAGCCGUGCAUUGUUGAGACAACGGACCCCAAGGACCCCAUCAUGCAGGAGGAAAUCUUUGGGCCGGUUCUGUCAGUCUAUGUCUAUCCAGAGAAACAGUACAAAGAUAUUCUCCACCUGAUUGACAGCACGUCUCCGUACGGCCUCACAGGGGCAGUGUUUGCCCAGGAUAAAGCCGUCAUUGCCGAAGCCACUAAACUCCUAAGGAACGCAGCCGGGAAUUUUUACAUCAAUGACAAGUCCACCGGUGCGGUGGUGGCCCAGCAGCCAUUUGGAGGUUCUCGUGCCUCAGGAACCAACGACAAGCCGGGCAGUUCUCAUUACAUCCUGCGGUGGACCUCUCCCCAGGCGAUCAAGGAGACCCACGAGCCGCUGGGGGACUGGAAGUACCCCUACAUGCAGUGACGUGGCUUAUGGGCCUUGCAGACUUGGACUGCAACCGUCGGUGCGACAGGCUGCGUUUCCCUUCAGCGGCCGUCCUUGCCGAUCUCUCCGAAGGCACAAAUGACAAGGAGUGAAUUGAUUUCCUUCUCUGUCACCUGGACAUCUUUGGAGAAUUUAAAAAAAAAAAAUCAUAUCCUACUGAAAAUCAAAAUGUACUCCUCCACUUCAUUUCUCCAGGGAGGCUUUGCUGCCGACACUCCUUAAAUCCACGUUCUUCAACUUUUCUAUCUGUUUCUAAUACAUUUUUGCCUCCUCCACUGGAGGGGAGAAGGGAAUUGUGCCAAAAGCAGCCUAGUCAGUGAAUCCCUUUUGUUACAGAAAAAAGAGGAACAGCCUGGGAAGAAAGUCACAUCCAGAGAAAUUGUGAGCAUCAAAUCAGCCUGCAGCAAAAGCAAGACUAUUAACUCCUGUAAACGAUCUUCUUGCUCAUCCGAAGGAAUGUGGGUGGAGGUUUUUGCUCAAAAAGUUUUGCUUGUGUGGCAGUCGCCCUCCAGAUGGGGACACUGGUUCUUUUAAAAAGAUUGAUUUUUGUAAAAUUUGAAUAUUCCAAUCAGGGGACAAGUAAUGCUUUCUUUAGAGGGUGUCUUUUGGUAGCUUGCAAACGAAGCAAGGCUAAUUCUCUGCAAAAGCUCUACAGUCAAGGAACGGAAGAAUGCAAAUGAAAUGUAUGAAACUGAACGAUUGAUGAAAGACUGGCAAACAGCUAAUUUGAAGUACCUCAAAGGGCAUCAAGCUUGUAAAAAUCUCCACAACUCUGUUCGUGCAUCAAGCUCCCAUCGCUUCCUUAUCCCUGUUUUGCUGACUUAACAUUUGAGCCCUUUUGUGCUUUGGAAAAUUGAUUUAUAACGAAUCGCUUAAGCAGAUGUAAACCAACUUGGUUCUACUCCAUUAAUUCUUAACUCCGAUCUUACUCAUUGUUUUUGUUCCUAGAUAAUUGUUUUGAUUCCUGGUCCAGAUAUUCAGACUCAUGUUGUCACAAUUUCCUGCCAAGCCACAUUUACAUUUCCAGUUUUCUUGGCUCACGUACAUCGCAUUUCCAUCGCUCAAAGCAGGCUGUCCCUGUACAGGCAGAUAUGCUCCAAAAUCUGCUCUUUUACUUGCACAAAAAGACUUCCUUCCUUCCUUCCUUCCUUCCUUCCUUCCUUCCUUCCUUCCUUCCUUCCUUCCUUCCUUCCUUCCUUCCUCUAAAUGCUGCUUCGACUUUAUCAAAGUGCAAUUAAUCCUCAGAACUGCAGAUGAUUGUUACUGCAAAUAGGUCUCAACACUGGAUGUGUUUCCAAAAAAAGAAAGGGGAAAAAAAUCAGAUAAAGCUAAAUCAACCCUCACCAAUUUCAUGACGGCUAGAUGACAGCGCCCAUCUUUCCAGACAGGGCUGCUCCUUCCACAUGUGGGGAGACCACCAAGUCUGUGCUCACUUGUUGAAGCUUUUCCGUUCCUGAGCGAUAGGAGCAGGCAGGUUACAAUCAGCCUCCCAAUUCCUGACUUGGGGAUGCAUGGAGAACCAAUAGUUGUUAUGGUCAUCAGAGUUUAAACAGCUUCCCUAAGUGAGUUGGGUUGAUCAAGCAUUGAUAAUGUGUCAGGAGAAGACUAUUAAUAAAUCUUUCUGCAAAAAAA